CAGCUUCACCUGGAUGCUGCUAGAAUAUCCCUCUGUGGGUGAGGGAGGGGUGUCUGCGGGAGUCCAAACUGCGUUGUUGGAUUACACCACUGUAUCAUCAGAGGGUGUUCAGGCAGAGCAGGCACGAGUACCACUACCAAUCCAGGAUCUUUUCUCACAACUGUCAGCCGUUUUCUGUCAGACUCUACAAGAACUGCACUUUGAAGAAAGGAGACUGGUUCAUCCACCGAACAAAGCAGCCGUCUGCAGAGACACACAGAAACAGCAAUCAUGACACAGGGCAAGCUCUCACAUCCCACUAAGACGACCAAUAGCUCCUCAGGUGGACAGAGCUCUCUGUCCCCACCUCCUCCCAGCUAUGAGGAAGCCACUGCUGGCACAAGCACCCCCUGCUACAGUGAUGCUGACAUGCUGACAGAGUUCACCUGGGAUGAUACAAACAUCAGGAGGAUCUUCAUCCGCAAGGUCUAUGCCAUCUUGAUGAUCCAACUUGCUGUCACUCUUGUUAUCGUGGCUCUCUUCACAUUCUGCGAACCUGUGAAGGAUUACAUUCAGUCCAACCCUGGAUGGUACUGGGCCUCUUAUGCUGUGUUCUUUGUCACAUACCUGACUCUGUCCUGCUGCUCUGCACCAAGGAGACAGUUUCCAUGGAAUCUGAUUCUGCUAGCCAUCUUUACCCUCUCCCUCUCCUAUAUGACAGGGAUGUUGUCCAGCUUCUACAACACAAAGUCAGUGGUGUUAUGUGUAGGCAUCACAGCGAUGGUCUGUCUCACUGUCACCAUCUUCAGCUUUCAAACUAAGAUUGAUGUGACGUCAUACCAAGGCGUGCUCUUUGUCUUCUGCAUGGUUAUGUUCAUCUCUGGGCUGGUGCUUGCAAUCGUCCUCCCCUUCCAAUAUGUACCUUGGUUGGAUGGCAUCUAUGCCGUAUUGGGAGCCAUACUGUUUACCAUGUUUUUGGCCUUUGACACUCAGCUCCUCAUGGGGAACAAGCGCUACACCAUGAGUCCAGAGGAGUAUAUCUUCGCCACUCUCAGUAUCUACCUAGACAUCAUCUACAUCUUCUCCUUCUUCAUACAAAUCUUCGGAACAAAAAGAGAGUAAACCCGUCUGCUUACCGUUCUCAUCCACAACCCAUAAGGAUGCAUCGAUAUGGAAAUCUGGCCAACAUCAUACGUUUCUUUUACAAAUUUUUGGUCAUGGUUGGUGGUAAUGAUGAUUCCAGUUGUACAGUAACAGCUGUAUUUUUUUGCUUAUACUGAUAUGGUCAUGAAUACAUUGUGAAUUCUUGUACAGAUAUUCCACCGAUGAUCAGCAUCCAGUUCCAAGAUAUCUGCCGCCCCCCACCUCUCUAGCAUGUUAUGGACCCAGGUCAUACUGUGUGGUUAGCUUGCCAGCUUCACCAGCCACAACCAUCCAGUGAUCUUCUGCCGUAAGGUGUCGAGUAUCAAAGCAUAGAUAAAACAUGCUGAGUGCCAUCUGAAGCUAUAUGGAUCUGUUUACGUUCACGCCUGCCUAGAUGUCACAAAUCUUUUAGUGACAGAUGUCAGAGGUCAAUAUGAUCUACAAUAUGUUAUGCAUGACUCUAAGAAAGAAAACCUAACUAUGCCAAUGUACAUUCAUCUUUCCAUUGGACAGUUGCCGUGGAUGUUGGUUUAGUGAAUGAAAGCACAAAUGUUCCUCUUAAGCUGGGGGAAAAAAAGAAAAAGCUCUAGAGACAUUGCCUGCUGUAGGUAUUCAUGUUUGUCCUAUUCUGGUGUCCCAAUACUGUGCAUUACAAGGACUUCCUUGGCUGAUUUUGACAAAAUCGUGACACGAUCAUGUUCUUUUCUUUUUUUUUUUAUGAUAUGAUCACAGAAUAUUUUGCCACUGAUCUCUGCCUUGUAGCUGAUAUUCUUUGUAUAUUGUAUGUAUUGAUUUCACAGAGAAGUUGUCAUUCACUGCAUUUAUAUCACACUGGUGUUUAUUCGUAAAUCGUUUGUUGAGCAGCUGAAAUAUUUUGAAAUAGAAUUGUUCAGACUAAAAUUUUCACUCUCGGUACUUACCUAGUUUGUGCAAAUCUUUAUUGCGAUUUCAUGUUGGCAUCACAAUUUUAAAGCUGGUAUUGUAUUAGCUUUUAUGUUAGCUUGCAGUGGCAGAAUGGUGAAUCAACAUGGCAGUGCCACACAUUGCACCAACAUUUAACUGUACCAUUUCAGACGGCUGUCUUUUAGACCUAGAUGUGAAAAUUUUCUGGAAGGCUAUAUUUCAUGAGAUUUGAAUUUUAUUUUUCUAUGAAAGCCCUGAAUGUUACCUCUCAGAAAGUAUUUACUUGUGUGAUGGAGAAUGGUGAGUUUGGAGCUUGAAAUUAAUCUAUUUUCCCUCGAAAGUGGCCUUGGAAAAACCUUGUCUUUAUUUGAUGAUGUAGUUGCAUUGUUGUUUUAGGAGUAGACUAACCCUACAUUUCUCCACUUGUCUUGGUGUUAACUGUAUUAAUUUAUUAAAGUGUGAAUGUGAAU